AUGGCUCCUGUUCGCAAAAAUUUAAAAUCUCAGCCUAAGGCUGCCGCCGACAAGCAUCGUGCCGUCAAACGCGCCCCCAAGCACUUGCCUACGCGUGCUGCUGCUCCCGAACCUCCUCGCCGCACCGACAUGAUCCUCGCAAUGAACGACCCCUACAUGCAACAGAUCAUCGAUGGCACCAAGACAUACGAGUUCCGAAAGUACAACAUGGCCGGCAUCCAGCGAAUCUGGUUCUACCGCACUGCUCCCCACUCCGCCAUCACACACAUCUGCCCGGUCAACGAAGCCGUCACAAGAAACCCUGAUGACCAGCCCCUGCCUGAAGAUGGGCUUGGAAACAAAGAAUACAAUCAGAAAGACCCCGAUUAUGAUGGCUACGACUACGCUUAUCGCAUCAACGCAGUGUAUGAGGUCAACGCUGAGGGAGGGCAAGGCAUCACUUGGGCAAUGAUGCGGGAUGAGCACGGAAUGAAGAUUGCACCACGAGGAAGAGUCAGGGUCCCCGAAUCGAUGAUUGCGCAGUAUAGCUUGGAGGGCCAGAAUAAGGUGUUGUGA